AUGCUGGCUCGUGUCUCUCUCUUUGGCCUCCAUGGAAACGGUAGAAAACUCUUCUGUGGUAUCGCAGCUACUGUCUUUUCCAUCAUCAUGUGCGCUUCUCCACUCUCAAUCAUGAGAUUGGUGAUAAAGAUGAAGAGUGUAGAGUAUAUGCCAUUCUUUUUAUCACUCUUUGUGGUUCUCUGUGGAACUUCUUGGUUCAUCUAUGGUCUCAUCGGUCGUGACUCUUUUGUUGCAAUCCCAAAUGGGUUUGGAUGUGCUUUUAGGGACAGUGCAGUUGAUUAUUUAUUUCAUCUGCUAUGGAAACAAAUGCGAUAA